CCACUUCCUCAGACUUUGGUGUGAGGACUGAAAAGAAGACGGCAGUCUCAUAACCGGCACUCCUCUGUGCUGGAUGCCCUUCAGUCCGUUAGCUGUAACUCAUGGGCUUUUUCACAUUAUAAAUGCCUCUGCACUUUUUCACGGAGAUAAGUAAAAGGUUGAUUAACUAGAUACAGUAUUAGCAACAGAAAUAAAGCCAUGAAGACCACUCAUUCUGUUCCUUGGAUCUUACUCUUCAUGCCUCAAAUAUUUGCCUCCCAUGUUGUUUAUUUGAAAGGGAUGGAACGGGAAUCUGUGCUUUUUGAUUGUGAGUCUGAAGAGACAAGCAUGCAACCCAUUGGCCUGUACCUGAACCGCAAGUGUGUGGGGCCUGCAAAAGAAGUGCUGUUCUUCUCGGCGGCUGGAAUGAAAGCGCUGUACCCAGAAGAUGAGGAGCGCAUCCAGGUCCUGGGGAAACUGAGCACAAACCAUAUGAAUGUGACCAUUUCACAACUACAGCGCAAGGAUUCCGGCCUGUACUACUGCCUGUUUGUCUACGAAGGAGAAGUUACUGACCUUAACAUCACAGGAAAGACAAACUUCCUUCUGUUUGUUGACACAAUGACGGUUUCGGACGGCGCAACAGUUUCUGAAGGCCAAUACAGCUGUUCCAGUUACCCCCCUCUGCUGUAUGCCAUCUCGGCAGCCGUGGGCCUGCUCCUCCUCAUUCUCCUGGGUCUGGGAGCAUCGCACUGGGGUAAGCCAUGCAAACGUAGCAAACCGCAAAGCCCGGUUCCUAUAUACGAGGAAAUGAUUGGCAUUCAGCCAGCUAACAGAAAAGCCCCCCCUUGCCACCUGGACAGCUUCCAUCAGGAGGAAGCAGACUCCUCUGUGUACAUCAACCCACAAGUCAAACCCCAGCAGGAAAACCACUACGUUCCGGAGGGCAGUGUCACUGCAAUGGAGGACAACCAGUAAGAGCCACCAUGUUGUGUCUUGGCUGUACAAUCAGAGUGGCUGCCCUCAAUGGUGCCUUCUCCACAUGGCCGUGAAACAGACGACUGGGGCCUGUUCCACAAAGCAGGAUUACCGAGAUAUCCGGAUAUCUAACUGCACUGAGUAAAACCUGGACCCCCUCCAAAUCUCGAACAUGGACUGAAGUACAAAGAGUUGUUCCAGGAUUUACUUUGUGCAGUAAUCCGGCUAACUCUGUCCAACUGUUCACAAAGCAGGAUUACCGAGUGGGCUGGGUAACUGCACAAAGUAAAAACCGGAGCGGUAUUUUUCUGGCAGUUCAAGUUCCAGAUUUGGGCAGGGUCUGGGUUUUUCCUCAGUGCAGUUAUCCGGUUAACUCCGUAAUCCCGCGUUGUGGAACAGGUCCCGGGCAGGCCGGCUCAUGCUUAAUUGGAUCUGUAAUCUGUAAACUAAGAUUGGUGACGCUGUUCUGACUGAGUAUACGGAGGCGAUGUGGAAGAGCAGCAGCUUUAAUCCUGGCACUGGGCAAUGCUGACCUCCUCAUCCAACAUAACAGCCACUAACGCCAUAGAGGAUCCCCAGAGAUGUGUUGGCAUUGCGGGGUAGUUGGAUACUAAGAGUCUAGCAGACAAAGCCUCAGACAAAGCGGGCAGGCAGUGAAUCUUGGUGAAUACGUGGUGAUUUUACUAAAAUGCUUUGCCUGAAAUAAGUUUAAAGUUAAGAUUUAUUUUAUUUUAUAAAAUAUGCAUUAAAAAGAAAUGUGGGAAUGCAAGAGAAGUAUGUUGAUCCCCACUGCAUUUUGUAAAAUGUUUUGGGUAAUGCCCUGGGUUAUGAAAAUGGUCAGCAUUAAGGUUAGCAUUAGAAUUAGCGUUAGGAAAAUUGUGAGUGUUAGGGUUGUAGUACAUGCAAGAUGUUAUGCUAUGUUCAGGAGGUAGGGGACUGAUGGGUGCAAGGGUUAUUUCUUGAUUUGGACAACCAAAAUAUUUAACUACUGGGGUUCAACAAUAUAGCCUUAAAUAUGUUUUGUGUGAAAUUAAUUUCAUGACUACAGAACAUUUCCUUGUAUUUCUUUUGUUAAAUUGAUAAUGCCUUUUCAUUCAUUUUAAUGGAAGGCCAUAUAUCAAGAGUUUACUCCUUAGACUGGAAUUAGGGUUUUGGAUAGAAUUAGGAUUUAGAGUUAGGGUUAGAAACAUAUUAAUCAAGAGUUGUGGAACGGGUGUUUUUGGCGCGAAAUUUGCUAAUGUUAGCUACCAAGGGCAUAUGCUCAUAUUCGUUUGGAUAUCAAUUCAGUUACUUAUGUAAAGUUAGCCCAGAUUGACACUGCCGCUAUUCUAGCUAACAUUAACGUACUCUGUUCUCCAAUUAACGUUAUGUGCCGUUGUUGUAGAGACAACGGGAUUCAGCACUCGGUGCUGAUAGCUUUGUAUCCUGUCCUGUAAAUGGCUCCACGUAUCCCAUUCCUUUUAAUUUUAUAUUUUUUGCUGGCUCAAUAGUUUCAAGUUUAAUGAAAUGAUUCAAUUGUUUAAACUAUAGAAUAAUAUGCAAGUUAAUUAUUCAUCACUGUGAUGCAUGUCCUAGGAUACUGGGAAGUAUGUAAAGUACAUUGAGGAUGCUGAUGCAGAAUAUAAACACAUGUUUAGGAAUGGCCAUUUAUUUUGAGUGUACUUAAAUAUAAAUAUACUUGUGAUAAUUGUAAUAAUUGUGAUAAUUGUAAAUAAAUAUAACUUUGAGAGACUUCGUGAAAACAGGUGACGUCUAACUGACUCUUCAUUUUUGUGACUGUUUUCCAGAUAUUUAAAAAUAUCACUGUCUAUGCGUACCACGCCCGGUACGUGUAACAUUUGCCUGGUUUGGAGGAACAACUUUAUUCUGAUUAAUAGUUUUAUAUAUUUGAAUAUUUCUUCAUUGGGAUUUUUCUAAAUAAAUUACUUCAAAUGCA